CCCUCCCCGGGCCGGGCGCGCGCUCCCAGUCAUAGCCCAGCCUCCCGCCCCUCACCCCCAACCCUCCAAGGGGCCGCCAACCAAGCCACCUCACGAGCUGCGGACAGCGGCCCCGACCCGAGAGGGAGAGAGCGACAGACAUGGCGGCGGCCAAGCCCGAGAACCUCUCCCUGGUGGUGCACGGACCCGGAGACUUGCGCUUGGAAAACUAUCCUAUCCCUGAACCAGGCCCAAACGAGGUGCUUCUGAAGAUGCAUUCUGUUGGAAUUUGUGGCUCAGAUGUCCAUUACUGGCAGCAUGGUCGAAUUGGAGAUUUUGUUGUGAAAAAGCCAAUGGUGCUGGGGCAUGAAGCUUCAGGAACAGUUGUAAAAGUGGGAUCAUUGGUCAGGCACCUACAACCAGGUGAUCGUGUUGCCAUCGAGCCUGGUGCUCCUCGAGAAACUGAUGAGUUCUGCAAGAUUGGCCGAUACAAUCUGUCACCUACCAUCUUCUUCUGCGCCACGCCCCCCGAUGAUGGGAACCUCUGCCGGUUCUACAAGCACAAUGCUAACUUCUGCUACAAGCUUCCUGACAAUGUCACCUUUGAGGAAGGGGCCCUGAUCGAGCCACUGUCUGUGGGGAUCCAUGCCUGCCGGCGAGCUGGAGUCACCCUGGGGAACAAGGUCCUUGUGUGUGGAGCUGGGCCAAUUGGACUGGUCAGUUUGCUUGCAGCCAAGGCAAUGGGUGCAGCUCAAGUGGUGGUGACUGAUCUGUCAGCCUCUCGGUUGUCUAAAGCCAAGGAAGUCGGGGCUGAUUUCAUCCUCCAGAUCUCCAACGAGAGCCCUCAGGAAAUAGCCAAGAAAGUGGAAGGCCUGCUGGGCAGCAAGCCAGAAGUCACAAUUGAGUGCACAGGGGUGGAGACCUCCAUCCAGGCCGGCAUCUACGCUACUCAUUCUGGUGGGACCCUGGUGCUGGUGGGGCUGGGCUCUGAGAUGACCAGCGUGCCCCUUGUGCAUGCAGCCACCAGGGAGGUGGACAUCAAGGGCGUGUUUCGAUACUGCAAUACAUGGCCGAUGGCGAUUUCAAUGCUUGCAUCCAAGUCUGUGAAUGUAAAGCCCUUGGUCACCCAUCGGUUUCCUCUGGAGAAAGCUCUGGAGGCCUUUGAAACAUCCAAAAGGGGUUUGGGGUUGAAAGUCAUGAUCAAGUGUGACCCCAACGACCAGAAUCCAUGAUGUGACUUGAGCUCUGUCGUUGUCCCCACUCUCAGCAUGUUGGGGUUCAAUGGUUGACUGGGAAUGGUGGAAGUUUCUUUUGAGUAGUUAGAAUAAUUAAAAUAAUUCAUUGUAAGCAGAGAGCCUUACGCUGGGGAGUUGUUGUGCCUUAAAAACACAAGUAAGGAGAAUUUGGGGGAACUUGUAGUCAGGAUGACCUGUUUAUGCUGAUCAAAGUUCAAGUAAAGCAGAGCUUGGCAGGCAAGUGCUGGGAACUCCCCUUCUUCCUGGAGUGCCUGGAAGUUGAAUAAGGAAAGAAAUCUGCCUAUUGAAUUCCUGCUUCUAGUGUGACUGUGGCCAGAUGGGAGAUGGUAGCUCAGGUAAGAAGAGACCAUUUACAACUUUAUCAAGACUUAAGUGGCCCAGAACCUGAUUUUCACAAAAAUCUGCAGCUCCGGGUUGAGGGUAAAAGGUUGUGAACAAUUUUACUUCAGAACACAGUGCCUCUCCCUCGAAACAAGGGCUAUUUGGUUUGAUGACAAAAGGAGAAUAAGGGACUCACUUUCCUGAAUCUAGGACAUAUAAAAAUCAAACAAAUAAAACUGAAAUCUCAUAUGAAAUCAAA